AUGAGAACAUACAACACUGAAACCUCACUAUUGGGCCAACUGAUCGACCGUGUCUCCUCGUGGCCAAAGCUACUUCGUAUUCUCGCCUAUGUUCUCAAGUUCAUCCGACGCAAUCGCAGAAAAUCCAACACCGCUACGCUGACAUUUGAGGAGAUCCAUGACGCACGGAUCCUGUACCUGCGCCAUGCCCAAGACGAAUUCCAAGCUGACUACAAGCGACUCCUCAACCAGCAAGAUUUAGGAAACAAAUCAAAAUUGCGCACCCUCUCACCGCAAAUCGACAAACAUGGACUCCUGCGAGUGGGUGGCCGUUUAGGUAACUCAGAACUGCCAGCGGAUGUGCAGCAUCCAAUAAUUAUGCCCAAAUCUCAUCGCAUAACGAAGCUCAUUCUGGAACAUGAGCACCGGAUUCACUUACAUCCUGGAGUAUCGGCGUUAUUCGUGAUCGCACGCCAACGCUACUGGGUGUUUGGCGCACGCAACCUCAUUCGAAAGAUCACGCAUGACUGUCUAAAAUGCUUUACACAACGGCAACACACAUCUCACCAAUUCAUGUCAGAUCUGCCGCCUGUCCGGGUUCGGCAGGCAUUUCCGUUUGCAAACACUGGCUGCGACUACGCCGGGCCAAUCACCCUCAAGGUCCACAAGGGACGAAAUCCACGCAAGGAAAAGGGUUACAUCUGCCUAUUUGUAUGCCUAGCCACUUCUGCCUUGCAUUUAGAAUUGGCUACAGAUCUUACAACCGACACAUUCUCGGCGGCACUCAGUCGAUUCAUCUCAUCUCAUCUUCAUAGCGACAACGGGAGAAACUUCGUCGGGGCAAAAAGGGUAUUAUACGAAAUGCAAACUCUUCUGAAGUCAGACGAACACAACAACACUGUACUGAAGGCCCUGGCAGACGAAGGAAUCAACUGGAAUUUCAUUCCCCCCCAUGCACCACACUGGGGUGGCAAAUGGGAAUCAGCUGUGCGCUCUGUCAAACUGCAUCUUCAUAGAGUCAUUGGCAAGAAUGUCCUCACCUUUGAGAAAAUGCACACACUUCUCGCCCAAAUAGAAGCUGUGGUCAACUCACGUCCACUAUUCUCAACUUCGGACACUGAGGUCAACUAUCUGUCGCCAGCACACUUCCUCAUUGGUCGUCCCUACACGACAGUACCAGAAGGCGAUCUAUCAAAUGUACCAAUCAACCGUUUGGAUUAUUGGCAACAGACUCAAGCUAUGCUGCAAGGCUUCUGGAAACAAUGGCACAUGGAAUAUCUUACAUCACUCCAGCAUCGGCCAAAGUGGAUGAACAAAUCGGUCAACAUGGCCAAAGAUGACAUCGUGCUCCUUAAGGAUUCUCACACCCCGCCAGCAGCAUGGCCUCUCGGAAGAGUCAUCGAAACGUAUCCAGGAAAGGAUGGAAUGGUCCGCGCUGUACGACUUAGGACUCCAACUGGAGAAACCACCCGUCCAAUUGUCAAGCUCGCCCUAUUACCAAAUUCUGAAACAGUGUUUCAGGGGGGGCCGGGAUGUUGA